UUGAAAACCAGCAUGGACGUCUUUUCCAGAACUCUUGUUUUUCAGCCGCUGAAUGCUUUCAAUGAUAAAUUAUGAACACGUUUUGAAGUGAUUACACAUAUGAUAUAAUUCCCAUCGGAAUAUGGGUGUGUUUUCCUAAUAAUAGAACGGUUGCAGUCUUCUGGAGUUAAAAUAUCGAAUUCUAAAGACCCUAUCGAGGAGCUGAAUUUUGAUAAGUCGCAAAAAAAAAAACAACCCAAAAACGCCACAAACUCAUUCGAGUAGCUGUCUCAACAAAAAACUUUGUGUAGUUGGUUUUUGCGAAUAUUUAUUUCAUUAUGCAUGGAUUUGGCUGGCAUUAAAUCGUCAACAGAACUGAGCUGUGAUGAGAGACUGGCAACAACGAACUUCAUGUGUCCAGACGAUUGUGUGCCAACGGCAAUAAACUUUCUCCACACAACUUCUGAACUUGUACUUGUACUUUCAUACACUACCGGCAAGAACAAGGCCAAACAGUUUUAUGUAUUAAAAUAACUUUAUCUACGAUACAAAAUCAACAGGACCCUUUUAUAACAAGCUGACAACUAUCUUUGAUUAUUGAGUUAAAUAUCAAUAUGCCGAAGACAAAGACAAAUAAAACAGAUGCGAUAACGAAUGACGAUUUUGGUUAUUGGGCUGCUGGUCCUAAUUCAACAGAGAAAGUUAUAGCAUCUGUCCCAGAGGGUAUGUGGCUGCAUCCUGAUGAAAUAAAAGAAAUUAAAGUUGAUCCAGAACCACCUUCUUCUAAAGUGAGCAAUGAAGGACAAAGUUCUAAAAAGAAGAAAAAAACAGAGACCGACACUACUGAUGAAGCGCCACCUGUUAAGAAGAAAAAAAUCGACAACAUCAAUCAAGUUGAGAUUAAAACAUCAGAAACUGUUGACAUUGAUUAUCUACGUGAUGAAUAUGAAAGUGGGGCAGAGUGGAAUAUCCGCCGAAGUUUCCUGGCAGCGCAUGUUAAUUCCUAUACAUUAGACCGUUUAAUUUGCUUGUCUCGCUGCUUCAUAAACAAUGAAAUUUAUGGCUGUCGUUAUCCUGAUGAAGUUAUGGUACUCUUAAAAACUUUAAGAUUACCCUUAUCAGGGGUUAUCACAGACCAAAAAGAUCGAUUAAAGUCCAAGUACGAAAUACCAUUUGUUAAAUCUUCAGAGACAGGAGGACCUGAAUCAAAGAUAAAACAAACUGGAUCAGGGGCUGGCAAGUCGGAGAAAAAUGUUAAUAAAGGUAUGAUAAACUUUGUAAAAGCUGGAGAGAACUAUCAGAGUUUAGAUUAUUCCAAAAAGAGUGAGGAAGGUAACAAUGAAGUGGCAGAAAAGUUUGGAAAAGAUGGGGAUGAAUAUCAUUCUCUGUAUGAUAAAAUGGAGGGUCGUAUAGCCAAAGAUGAAUUAGAAAAAAAGUUUACAAAUAUACCAGAUAAUUUAAGAAAACUAUUGAAUAAACCAGACAUGAAUGUAAUCAGUCAAAUUUAUGAGGCAGCCCAAAAAUGUAAAUUUGUUGUAAAAUCAGAAACAGAGGUUUGUUCUGAUGGAUUCGAAAGCUGUGUUUAUUUGGACAACAUUUUGGUAGGAAAGGGUCAUGGUAAAAACAAAAAAUUGGCACGAACAAAUGCACAUGCAGAUGCACAUGAAAAACUUUUAAAACCUAAUAUAAAACUAUCUGGAACUCAUCCAGAUGGAUUAACCUUUGUUUCUUCCGAUGAUUCUAUAGCAUCAGGAAGUGGCAAACCUGAAGUUACCGGAACAAAACCUGCCAGUAAUAAUUCACUUCAUGUACCUGCCUCGCCGAAAAAUUCUAAAGAAAUCUGUCCUAUAAAUUUAGUACCAGUGCAAAGGGAUUUUGGCCAUUUGAAAAAAAUCUUUCGAAAUCUUAAGCCAUUUUAUUUAAGGGAACUUGGACCAGACAGCUUUGACUUUCCUGCCUCUUGUUUGCGUCAAACGUGUGAUUUUCAAAAGUUUCCCCUUGUCUACGAGAACAGAAUCACGGAAGAGGGGAACAUAAGGUGUACAUUGUCAAUUAAAUACUUUCCUGUUGCCGAAGGUGUGGCCAAUUUAUCAAAGCAAGCUGAACAGGAAGCUUCUCGGCAAGCCCUUGAGAAACUCCGUGACAUUUCUUGGACAAUACGAUUCAAAGGUCAGACGGAUUGUGGUAAUGACCGGAUGUCGAAAGAUUCUCUCAUGGGUGAAAAUAAAGAUGACAUUAUAGAGGAAUCUGAACACGGUAAAAAGCUCACUGAUUCAAACAUUGGUAGCAAACUAAUGCGUAAAAUGGGGUGGACUGGUAAAGGAAUUGGUAAAAAUGAACAAGGUCGCGAGGAUCCAGUAUUAGUGAAACAAGUUAUUCAUCGAUCAGGACUAGGUGCACUUGAUUCAAAUUCUUCUAUGAAAAAAUUUGAAUCAGUGAUGUAUAAAAUUGUGAAGGAUUACUAUUUUUCAUAUGAAGAUACCGAUAUGGCUUUUGCGUCUGACUUUUCUAAUGAUGAACGAAAAGUUAUUCACAAUGCUUGUCGGAAAUUUCAGCUUAAAAGCAAAAGUUAUGGAACUGGUGAAGAACGGUAUCUUGUUAUCAGUCGUCCACGAAGUGCUGAAGAACUGUUUGCAUAUGUUAGAAGUAAAGGUGGAGAAACCACCAAGUAUGUCCUUAUUCCUCCAAGACUUGAACAUUUUAAAUAAACUUAAAAGACUAACCUUCAUCCCCAUACACCACAACUACAUUAAUGUCAAAUUGAGUAAAUCACAAUUUGGCACUAGGGGAUGUAAUUUUCUGACCCUCUCCCCCAAAUUGUUCCCUUUAAAUGGAAGGAAAUCUGGUUUUAAAACAAUAAUUGAAACCACUCUAUUAUUCCAAAUCAAAGAAUAUAGAUUUUAUGUCUCCCAAAAUCUUUUUCAUUUGUGCGUUGCAAUAAGAGAAAGGCAGUGUAAUUUUUCAGAUGUAUUUCUUAAGUUAUUGUCAAUUAUGCAAAGUGUUAGUUUUGCCAACAUCUGACAAUAACACCAUGAUUAUCUUACUUAAAUUAUGAUAGCAUACCCUACAGUGGAUACCUUGUUUUUGUUUAGUGUCACAAAAGCCUCUUCAUGGUAGACAUAAUAUGGUAAAAUGGUAGGUAUAUGAUAUAUAGAAUACAAUAUGGCUGUUAUAAAAUUGGUUCCACAUGAAAACAUGGAACCAAAUAGAUACAUACUGUAAAAGAUGAGAGUUACACAUAUUCAUGGAACUGAACCAAAGUAACAAGCCAAACUGUGACGCAUAAGGCCCGUUGACACUUGGCCACAAUAAGCAUGUCAUUCUCAGCACAGUACCAGGCUGCGAUAUAUUUGACGAAAUUGACCCGUUUAUAUUACUCUUAAAAUAACCAGUCUCGGCACCGUGCCAGGUACGCCAAAUGUGGAACUCUUCACAGAAAAGUUAAUUUCAGUCCCUAUGCAGAUUACCUGCAUGAAAACAAUUAUGGCGGUUGAUUUAGUUUGAGCAGCCAUUUUGACAUGACUGUCAAAGUUCGCUUGGGAAAAAAGUCAGGGUUCAUUUGCCGCAUGUGCAGUAAUCUGUACUGAAACCAUGCUUAGACUAGAUAGCGUUUACAAUACACUACGAAAAUUUAACCAUGCCGUGUCUGGAACCGUGCACUUCAGUGUGCCAAAUUGGCAUGUACAUGUACUCUGUAUGGCAUGCUUAUAUUUGACACUUCACGCUUAAAAUUUGUAAUGUAAAUAGGUUUAUACAAUAGGCUUCCGCAACUAAUAUAGACAUUGAACAAAAGACAUGAUAACUGCCACGCUAUGAAAAUGCACCACUGAUUUGACUGAAAGUUCUGACAAGACAUAAAGGACAAUGUUGGUAUGUGAUAUAAUUGGGUAACCACAUUCCAAAUGUAAUUUUAACACAGAUCUUUACUAAGGUUGAUCUAUAACAGCAAUUUGAAGAAUCUGAAAGUGGCACAAAUAAAACAAAUCAGUUAUUGUUACUGAUUGAAUUAGAGAGUGGUGACAUCUACACAGACGAUUUUGGAAUGUUAAUGCAAACAUUAAAACCUCUUUCUCACAUGCUGUCAUCGUGGUCUAAUGAUGUUACAUUCUGAAUUGCAAGAUUAAAGUGUAGCUUUCAAACAAGAUUUACAAUCAUCUUUGAACCUGAAUGAUGAUGGAAAAAACAGCGUUUUAUACGCCCCCAUCCAUCGGGCGGUUUGUCGGUCUGUGGACGCUCUAGAGGCUAAAGUUUAUAUCCGAUUGAUUUUAAAUUUAUACACAGUGUUGAGGGUCAUGAGAUGAAGAAACCUAUUGAUUUUCUGUGAUUUCUGAUAAUUACCGCCAUAGUUAUGGCCCUUGAUCACUUUGAAAAAUCUUGUGGACACUCUAGAGGCUAAAGUUAAUAUUUAUACACAGUGUUUAAGGUCAUGAGACGAAGAGCUCUAUUGAUUUUCAACAAUUUCCGAUAAUCACUGCCAGGGUUAUGGCCUUUUAUCACUUUGAAAAAUCUUGUGGAUGCUCUAGAGACCAAAGUUAUCAUCUGAUUGACUUUGGAUUGAUACACAGAGUUUAAGGUCUUGUGACCAACAAGUACUGGAACAGCUAAAUCCAUGAUAUUAAAUGUUUUGUAUACUAAACAUUAGCAUGGGGCAGAACUAAAAGCCAAAGAAAUUCUAAUGAUUUUCUGAUAAUUACUUAAUGAGUUGUUAAUUAGAUUUUAGUGUAUUAUAAAUGUUUCAUUACCGACAAUAGAAAAAAUAUUGACAACUCUUGUUGACUGCUCGGAUGACUUAGCUGCUGCGGGCGUAUGUUUCGUUGUCUGGCAACCUAUCUGAUUUCAACUUUGUCAGUUUUUGUACAGCUGUUGAGGGAUUUUUGAAUAUCUAUAUAAAAGGGGUGCGUUUUCAUUGUCACUGUAUAUUAAUUCUCUAAGGUUCAGUAUCAUGGAUAUGAUUAAUUGAUAAAGUUAUGUUACCCAAAAGAUGUGGGUUAUGUGUUUUUGAGUUUGAUUUUUUCUUUUGAAAAUACAUAUCUAAAUAUUAAUUAAUGAAA